GGCUUCACUGGCUCCACAUGUGAGUACGACGCCCAGGCCUGCGGCAGCCUUCACUGUCGCAAUGGAGGCACCUGCAUCUCCGGCCAGAAGAGCCCCAAGUGUCUGUGCACCCCAUCGUUCACCGGGCCCGAGUGCCAGUAUCCCACCGACAGCCCCUGUAACUCAAACCCCUGCUACAACGGUGGCACGUGCGAGUACACCUCCGAGGCGCCGUACUACAACUGCGUCUGCCCCAAGAACUUCAACGGCCUCCGCUGCCACAUCCUGGAUCACAGCUUCGAGGGAGGGUUCGGCCACGACAUCCCGCCGCCGUCGGAGGUGGAGGUCACCUGCGGGAUCCCGAAGUGCAAGGAGCACAACAAUUUGUGCGACAUGGUCUGCAACAACCACGAGUGCGGCUGGGACAACGGCGAUUGUUCGCUCAACUUCAACGACCCGUGGAAGAACUGCUCGGCCUCGCUGCAGUGCUGGCGGUACUUCAACAACGGGAAGUGCGACUCGCAGUGUGAUAACGCCGGAUGCCUCUACGACGGGUUUGACUGCCAGAAUCUGGAAGGUCAAUGCAAUCCUCUGUAUGACCAGUACUGUAAGGACCACUAUGCCGACGGCCACUGUGACCAGGGCUGCAACAACGCUGAGUGUGAGUGGGACGGCCUGGACUGCGCCAACAACAUGCCGGAGAAGCUAGCGGUGGGCCAGCUGGUCGUGGUGGUCCACAUCACGCCCGAGCAGCUCCUCAGCAACUCCUCUGCCUUCCUACGCGAACUGAGCCGCGUGCUCCGGACCAACGUGGUACUCAGGAGGGACAGCAAGGGCGAGACGAUGGUAUAUCCGUACUACGGGAACGAACACGAGCUGAGGAAGUACAACGUGAAGCGCUCGGUGGACUCGUGGUCGGAGGUUCCUGCCAAAGUGCUGGACGUGGUGAAGAGGAGCCUGUCCGAUGCUGCAGGAGGGAGCGGGAGGAUGAGGAGGGAGCUGGAUCACUUACAGAUUAAAGGUUCAGUCGUGCAUUUGGAGGUGGAUAACCGUCAGUGCUUCCAGCAGUCCACCGAGUGUUUCCAGAGCACCAACGAUGCUGCAGCCUUCCUCGGGGCUCUGGCCUCCAGCGGCAAACUGGACGUUCCCUACACCAUCAAAGCAGUUUUCAGCGAUGUGGACCCAAAGAUUUCAACGAACCUCUACCCGAUCUACCUGGUCCUGGGCGGCGUCGGGAUACUGGCCUUCCUCGGAGUCGGGAUGGUGGCUGCCCGAAAGCGGCGCCAUGAGCACGGGCGCCUCUGGCUCCCCGAGGGCUUCAAGACCACAGAGACCAGCAAGAAGAAGAGACGUGAGCCUGUCGGAGAGGAUUCAGUGGGAUUAAAGCCACUGAAAAACACUUCGGACAUUUCACUCAUGGAUGACGCCCAGACUGAUUGGGGCGAGGACGAGCCUUCGGAUGCAAAACGCUUCAGGCAGUUUGAUGAGCAGGCGAUACUGGAGGUGGACGACCAGACGGACCACCGCCAGUGGACCCAGCAGCACCUGGACGCCGCUGACCUGCGCAUCCCCUCCAUCGCUCCCACACCCCCUCAGGGCGAGAUUGAGAAUGACUGCAUGGACGUCAAUGUCCGGGGACCAGAUGGAUUCACGCCCCUGAUGAUUGCGUCCUGCAGCGGGGGAGGUGUAGAAACCGGCAACAGCGAGGAAGAGGAGGACGCCUCCGCCAACGUGAUCAACGACUUCAUCUACCAAGGUGCUAACCUCCACAAUCAGACGGACCGUACGGGUGAAACCGCUCUUCACCUGGCUGCCCGCUACGCUCGGUCUGACGCCGCGAAGCGCCUGCUGGAGGCCAGCGCUGACGCCAACAUCCAGGACAACAUGGGCAGGACGCCUCUGCACGCUGCUGUGGCAGCUGAUGCCCAGGGGGUUUUCCAGAUUCUGAUAAGGAACCGCGCCACAGACUUGGAUUCCCGCAUGCAUGACGGCACUACGCCCCUGAUCUUGGCUGCCAGGCUGGCAGUGGAGGGGAUGGUGGAGGAGCUCAUCAACUGUCACGCUGACGUCAAUGCAAUCGAUGAUUUCGGUAAAUCAGCUCUACAUUGGGCUGCAGCUGUAAAUAAUGUGGAGGCUGCUAUUGUGCUUCUAAAAAACGGUGCCAACAAGGACAUGCAAAACAACAAGGAGGAAACACCUCUGUUCUUGGCUGCGAGGGAGGGAAGCUACGAGACCGCCAAGGUCUUACUGGACCACUUUGCCAACAGAGAAAUAACUGACCACAUGGACCGGCUGCCCAGAGACAUUGCACAGGAGAGAAUGCAUCACGACAUCGUGCGUCUGAUGGACGAGUACAACCUGGUACGAAGUCCUCCCAUGCAUGUAGGGUCUCUCAGCACAACGUUGUCGCCCCCUCUUUGCUCGCCCAACGGUUACCUGGGCAGCAUGAAGCAGCCACAGGGUCAAGGCCAGGGCAAGAAGUCACGCAAGCCCAGCACCAAGGGCAUCGGCUGCAAGGACGGCAAAGACAUGAAGGUGAAGAAGAAGAUUUCCCAGGAUGGGAAGUCUGGGAACCUCCUGGACAGCUCGUCUGUUCUGUCACCCGUUGACUCGUUGGAGUCUCCUCACGGCUAUGUUUCUGACGUGGCCUCGCCGCCCAUGAUGACCUCACCUUUCCAGCAGUCGCCAUCUGUAUCCCUGAACCAUCUGCAGGGUAUGUCUGACCCACACCACAUGGUGAUGCCAAACAAGCAGGAGCUGGCUCGCAUGCAGUUUGACCCUCUUCCUCCCCGUCUCACCCAUCUGCCUGUGUCUGGCUCCGGUGGCCAGGGCGCCAUGAAUGGCCAGUGUGAUUGGCUGUCCAGGAUGCACGGCAACAUGAGCCAGCCAGGCCAGUUCAACCCUAUGAGGGGAGGUCCUGGCGGUCAGGGAGCUCUGCACCAGGGAGGCCAACAUGGGAUGAUGACCGCCCUCCACAACGGCCACCCCAACACCAGCCUAUCUCAGAUGAUGACCUACCAGGGGAUCCAGGGCACCAGACUGGCUCCGCAGCCCCUCAUUAUGCAGCAGCAGGCUCAACAGAUGCAGCAGAUGCAGAACCUGCAGCAGCUCCAGCAGCAGCAGCAACAGCAGCAGAGCAUCCAGCUGCAGCAUCAAAACUCAAACAGCGCCAACAGCCAGAGCUUCAUCAGUGGUGAGCUGAGUUCUCCGGAGCUCCAGCAGGGCACAGGCAGCUCCAGCAUGCCCAUCCACACCAUCCUGCCACAGGAAACCCAGAUCAUGCCCUCCGCCAUCAACCAGUCAAUGGCCAGCACCCAGUUCCUCACCCCACCCUCCCAACACAGUUAUUCAGGCCCCAUGGACAACACCCCAAACCAUCAGGUCCAGGUGCCUGACCACCCCUUUCUAACGCCCUCCCCCGGCUCCCCCGAUCAGUGGUCCAGUUCAUCACCUCAUUCCAACCUGUCCGACUGGUCAGAGGGCAUCUCGAGUCCACCGACGAGCAUGCAGUCUCAGAUUGGACAUAUACCUGAACAGUUCAAAUAAAGUGCAUGCGUCUUUCUGCCCAGAUGAGCUGCUCUCUAUUUUUUUAUACAAAAAAGGCACUCUGUGAAAAAAUUUAGAAAAAAGGGCAAAGUUGUAAACAAGAUUUAAUAGGACUUUUUUUUAUAUUCUUUCAUACUAACAGCAACACCUGCUUUUUAUCCAUUCUUUUUAUUUAUUAAUGUCUUAUUUUAUUUAUACACAUUGCCUGCUUACAGAAAUUUCGGGGAUCCAUGGUGUUGGGUUUGUACGCAGGAGAGAGACGGUCUUUUAGAGACUCUUUUCUUUUAGAGCUUUUUUUCUGCAGUGAAGUCGCAGCAUACACACUGGGUAUUUAUUUCCUCAAGGACUUUUAGUCUUUGCCUUUUUUUCAUAUGAUUUCUCAGUCUUUGUUUAUAUUGAUAUUUUUUUGUAUAAUCUUGUUUAUAAGGAAAAUUGUGAUUAAGGGGCAUUUUAUAGAGCACAUUUCAUGUUUCAGUGUUAUUUCAACUUGUUGUUAAAUGUGGGAAAUCUUCUAGUCAGCAAGUGAAGAAAGUUAGCGGAGGAUAUGUCCUGUGUUUCAUGCACAAGUCCUUUUCCCCUUUUAAAUACUUUGUGAUUCUUAGUUACACUGUAGAGUUGUGUACAUUUGCUGAAUCGUUGGAACAGCGUUAUGUUAUGCCUCUAGAUUUGAUUGCAUUCAUACGUAGAGAUGUGGUGGAGAUGUGAUAAGGUGUACAGUAUGCAGCCAUCUUGGAGAUUGGCGGUUAAGACAGGCUUGAGUAUCUGCUGGUCCUGUGGUGUUCGAGAAUUGGCCGGUCGGCCACAGUGUAUGUUGUUGUCCAGAGGGAGAAGGAAACUUCAUUUUCCCCCGUUCCCUCCUAUUCGUUUGAGCCUAUGGCUGUGUUCAUCCUUUUGUAAAUAUGUUCCCGUGUAAGCAAGAUUUUGUUUAAGAAAUCUGAUGUCUUAAGCAUGCAAUUUUGAUCGGUCUAGCACCAGUCAACAGCCUCUAAAAUAUCAAACAGAACAGAAUAUAUAUAUUUUGUAUUUUACUGUCCCUUAUGCAUAAAUAAAUUUGAACUAUAUACAAAUAGAUACAAUAUAUUGGUAGACGACAUUUUUCUCAAAAAAAAAGAAAAAACAUAAUAAAUAUUGAGGUUUUAUAAAUUGAUAUUUAUUUACUGUUCUGUAACACAAAAAUCCACUGAGGCAUCCAUCUGUGUAUGUUAUGAAAUGUUUUUGUUACAGUUCAGUAAAAUUGGGAAAAGAUGUCUUCAUGUCCACAUCAGUGAUUUGUAAGAAGCUCUCCAGUAUGAUUUGGAAAUUUUUCUGAUUUAAAAAAAAAACCAUAUGGUUGUAGUGAAAUUGUAAUAUCUGCAAUAUGUUUCCUUCCUCUCAAAGUUAUGAUUUGCAAGAAAUGUAUUUUAUCUUUUCAUUUUCUAUCUGUAAAAAUGUUCCUUGUUAUAAUAAAGGGCACAUGUGUGUCUUAAACGCAAGAUAACUGUCUUUUUUUUUCUUUAAAUUAUGAUACAAGAUCUGUAAAGAGUAAUAUCUUAUGUUUAAUUGUUUCAUCUUUGAAGAAAACUAAGGAUUACUAACACAAUCAUAGAUCCGGUACAAUAGUCACGGUAUUAUCUUCUGUUAUACUUUCUCCUCAAAAUACAGUAGCGCCUCAUUAUGGGCAGACUAUCAUUUUACUGAGUGUGCCUCCAUCUAGUGGUGCAAAUACCCAGCUGCAACAUCUUUACAAAAUGUGGUCUCAACUAUUUUUACCUUUUAUAGGGGGAAAAUAAUGCACCACAUCCAAGUUACUGUUUUCAACGGGUAAAAUCUUUCUAUGAUUAUGUUUGAACACCAUCUGGCCCCAAGUUAGUUGUGCCAUCAU